CCGGGGCAGCUUGGGGAGCGCCCCUUUCCUUCCCCGGGCACUUGCUGAGCGCCUCCGGCGUGCAGAGCGCUUCUUCCGCGCCCCGUCCUCCUCCUCGUCGCCGCCGCGUCCCGCGUCCGCCGAUGGCGGGUCCGGGGGGAGCGGAGCAGGGGGGCCGAUGGCUGGCGCUGGGCACGGCGCUGGCCGGGCUGCUGGCCGUCCUGUCGGCCGCCUCCUGCCUCUACCUCGGGGUGAGGACCGGGCACCUGCAGGAACGGCUGGCCGCCAUCGAGGCCUCCCGGGGGGCGGGAGAAGGAGCAGCAGCUGGAGGAGCAGGAGCAUCAGCAGCAGCGGGAGGAGGAGGAGGAGGAGCAGCCCCCUGGUCCCGGCCGCCCCCCGCCGCCCUGCACCGGCUGCAGGCCCUGCUGCACGAAAAGCUGCACAGACUCCUGGCCCAGAAAUCGUACGAACAUUUGGCUAAAGUAAGAACAGUCAGAGAAGCAACGCCAGAGUGCAACUGCCCAGCAGGUCCGCCAGGGAAACGAGGGAAGAGGGGCAGAAGAGGAGAAUAUGGACCUCCUGGCCAGCCCGGUCCUCAGGGUCCCCCUGGUCCGAAAGGCGAUAAGGGAGAUCAAGGUGAUCAAGGUCCUCGGAUGGUGUUUCCUAAAAUCAAUCAUGGGUUUCUCUCUGCUGAUCAGCAGCUCAUUAAACGCCGCCUCAUUAAGGGUGACCAAGGACAGGCUGGGCCUCCUGGACCCCCAGGCCCCCCAGGCCCAAGAGGACCCCCUGGGGACACUGGGAAAGACGGGCCCCGUGGAAUGCCAGGUGUACCGGGUGAACCAGGAAAACCAGGAGAACACGGCUUGAUGGGACCUCAGGGACCUCCUGGACAAAAGGGUUCUCUUGGAGCUCCUGGUGUGCCAGGAACGGAUGGACAAAUGGGGGAACCGGGUUUGCCUGGAUCAGUGGGGCAGGACGGUAUUCCAGGCAUUAAGGGUGACCCUGGAGAGAGAGGAGAAAAGGGAGACGUUGGCGAGAGUGGACCCAAAGGUGACCUCGGUGAAAAGGGUGACCCUGGAUCGUCAGCUGCAGGAAUAAAGGGAGAACCUGGAGAAUCUGGUCGCCCAGGACAAAAGGGUGAACCAGGGCUUCCGGGGCUUCCUGGACUUCCGGGGAUAAAGGGGGAACCAGGGUUCAUCGGUCCUCAGGGAGAACCUGGGUUGCCAGGGUUACCAGGAAUGAAGGGUGAACGUGGAGAAUCGGGGCCUGCUGGAAGAGGGGAGCGAGGUGAACCUGGAGCUCCUGGGCCAAAGGGGAAACAAGGUGAAUCAGGAACUAGAGGCCCAAAGGGGUCAAAGGGUGACCGUGGAGAUAAAGGAGAUUCUGGUGCUUUGGGACCACGGGUAAGUGUGCUCAGGGCCCCCCCGGGACAAAAGGGAGACCCGGGAGCAACAGAGAUCAUAGACUACAAUGGCAAUAUUCAUGAUGCCUUGCAGAGGAUUACCACCUUAACAGUCACGGGCCCCCCAGGACCACCUGGACCUCAGGGAUUACAAGGACCAAAGGGAGAGCCAGGAUCUCCAGGAACACCCGGAGCAGAUGGAGAGCAGGGUCUGAAAGGCUCGAAGGGAGACAUCGGGGACUCUGGCCUUCCGGGGGAGAAGGGAGGAAUUGGACUCCCUGGGUUACCGGGUUCUAAUGGCGCGAAAGGAGAAAAAGGAGACUCGGGUCUGCCUGGUCCUCAGGGCCCUUCCAUUAUUGGACCGCCAGGACCGCCGGGUUCUCAUGGCCCACCAGGGCCUAUGGGACCUCAUGGGCUUCCCGGACCAAAGGGAGCAUCUGGCUUAGACGGAAAGCCAGGAUCCCGGGGUACAGAUGGCCCUAUUGGUCCCCAUGGUCCAGCAGGCCCCAAAGGAGAAAGAGGUGAAAAGGGAGCAGUAGGAGAACCUGGACCCAGAGGCCCAUAUGGUUUGCCUGGAAAAGAUGGAGAGCCUGGUCUUGAUGGCUUUCCUGGUCCUCGAGGAGAGAAGGGUGACCUAGGGGAAAAGGGAGAAAAGGGAUUCCGUGGAGUUAAGGGGGAAAAAGGGGAACCGGGUCAACCUGGCCUGGAUGGGCUGGAUGCCCCUUGCCAAUUGGGGCCUGAUGGAUUACCAAUGCCUGGGUGCUGGCAGAAGUGAUGAAUCUAACCUUAGAAGCAUGAAGUUGUGUAUAUAAUGCUCCACAUUUUUGUAUUUAUAGUUGAAAACUGAAAUAUAGAUUUUACAAGUCUGAGAUAUGUUUACAUGUAGCUGCUUCUCCCUGUUUGCAGUAGUCCAUGUGUGUACAUUUUUCUUCACUUACAUCUGAAGUUGGGCAAGCUAUAAAACAAGGUGGGGAGAAACCUGCAGAAACACAAAACGACAUCUCACUCUUAUAUAAGUACCUACGUGGAGAUGUCAGCAGUGGAAAGUGGUUGUUUCUGCUCUUUCUUUCUUAGUUUUUGGCUUGUGACUUGCAUGGACAACGCGUGCCAUGAACUAGUUUACAUGAAAGUGUGACCAAAUAUAGACUAAAGCCUAGGGCCUGUACUGUACCGGACUGGUGGUGGAGUUUUAGUGGCUGCACUUCCACAUUCGUCUCAACCGUCCCUCUCGAUCCCGGCUGCCGUGCCUGUUUGUGAUAGACUAAGAAAGCAUGAACCGUGUGCCAAACCUGCUUGUGUCAAUCCCAUCAUCCGAUGCUAACUUGCUGCUUGCUGACACCUGCGCUCCCAACAUCUGAACUUUUUAUCCUUUCUGUCCUGUCAAGGGGGUCACACCUUGGCUUAUUGCCAAAAAAAGAUAAGGUGGCGGAGAGCACGCACACACUGAGAAAGCUAAAUUCUGGCAUUUUGAGGAAGCUGUGGUCCCGACUGCCGAGGGCAACAGCCUCCACUUUGGGGCGUUCACCUGACCGCUGUGGUUGAAGUGAAAAGGUAUCGCACCUGUUGUCUGGUGACAGUUUUCCACGUUCUGCGCCCAGCGGUGAAGGAGUACGUGAUGGACACGUUUUGAUAUUGGGGGCUGUCACUUGCGUUCACUACAUAAGGAAGAGGUUUUGCCAAAGGAAACAACAGCCCACCCAACCACCAGAGAUGAAGGGAGGGAAGGGAAGGAAAACCCCUGAAGCUCCCGCAAUCACGGGGGGCUCAGAAAGGUUACAGAGAUGGACAGCGGGCCUUUCUUCCAGAGACGGGGGCCACCGCAAGCUAAAGGUGCUCUUUAACGAGGAAUUGGAAGAUGCAUCAUGUACUUCCCACGUGGCAUUUUGGAGCUGCCGCUCGAAACGGAGAGGUUGAAGAUUACUCUCUUGCGAUACGAGGGGUCACUCCAGCUGGGACCACCCGAAUGACCCCCGUGGAACCUUUCCUGCAGCGUUUUGGAAGCCCACCGUAUUUUCCCUUCUUUUGGAGUUUUGGGUUUUUCUUUUAUAUUUGCUGUGGCGGAUGCUUUGGUUUUUGAAGGAAUUGGUUUGGCUGGCCAGCGGCAGUAUUUGUUUUCCAACCUUCAAAUGCACGAAGAUGUUUUCACGUGCCCAAGUUGUAGCAUAGUUGAUUUAGCUCCCGAAAGGUCUUUCUGCUCUUGCAAAGGUUUUGCUGGACCCAAAAGAAUGAGGGAAAAGCAUAAACCUCAGUGAACGAUUCUACUGCUACUACAAUAAUUAUUCUUCCCUUUGGGGUAGAUUAUUAAACCCCAAGAAAAGUAUACAUAUGUUCUGUUCAGUUGUAUUCCAGGAGUCAAAAAGCAUCGAAGAGGUGCAGUUUGUAAGUUCAGUGCUCUCAUUUUGGCUUAUUUUCAUUGUUCAGUCUGAAAUACAGUUGCUCUCACAUUUUUAAUGCACAUUAUUUUCUAUUGCUUUAUUCGCUUUAGAGCUGAUCUUUGCCUUUAUUUAGUGAUUUUUUAUUUACUUGAGUGUUUGUCAUUUAUACACUGACCAAAUCUGAGCAAUCAGAAAUAUGUAAAAUACAAUUGCGGAAGAGAGAGGAAAUUUCUUCUAUAUUCUUCUAUAUUUCCUAGCAUCAUCAGGAAAAGUAGCACCUGAUCCCCAAACUUGUUUGUAAAUGCUGAAAUGUGCCAUACCUUUGCCACGUCCCACUAUGGGGAAAUACUGCCUUUUGGUGAAUGCUUCAGUCAGUAAUUCCUCACAAUGUGAGAUCAACUUUCAAGCAUUUCACAGUGCUACAAGUGGUCCAUUUAGAGUAGUGUUACAACCCUAAAACUUACAAAUGAGAGCCUCAGUGAUCCCUGAAGAUAAGUAUUGUAUUCCAAUCAAAGGUGCUUGUGUGGCUGAGCAAGAAGUAAAUUCUUUAUCUGAAGCAUCAAAAUUCAGGCACCUGAGCAGGGUCAUAAUUCAACUCAAAGGAAGAUUCUGACAGUUUAACUUUCCUUCUUGCUAUCUCUAUUUCCUUUUAGUGGAAAUGAACAAAGAGGAAUUACUCUUCUAAGCUUUGUGCCUUGUCCAAAGAGACCCAAAGCCACUUUUUUGAAACACAGAAACAAUAGCAAAGACACUUGGGCUCAUUUCUUUUAGUCCAAUGCCUAAGUGAUGAGGUUUUAAAGAAGCUAAGUGCUGCACUCAAUACCAAUUUUGGACUCUGACUAGUUUUAUCCCAGGUGCAAGGAAAGUUAUAAACUUCACUUUACCUUCUGCUGUUACCUCUAAUGAUUUCUUUGAGCCAGGCAUCAAGUUUCUUAAUUCCUUAAAUGUGGAAAUGUUUUAUCUUUCAGUUUCCGAGGUUUUCCUAAGCUUUCAUUUUGCUGUCAGGACAAGAUCAUUCUGUUAGAGGAAGUUCUGAUCAAUAAUUUGCGGUUUGAUAUACAGUUUUUAGACACAGGUGUUGGAAAGGAGUAUAUUUUCCUGGAGGAUUGUUUUGUAUUUGUUAGGGAAUUGGGUAGGAAAUAAUCUAGUAGAAGCAUUGGAUGUAAAAGUCAAGCUCAGGUUCUAAUUCUGGCUAAGCUUCCCUUAAAGACUUAGGGACCCAGAAUUGGUAUUUGUUUUAGAAUGAAAGCUAUUUUGACAUUGUUUUGGUGCUAAUUUAUCUGUCCCCCCUGCCCCGUUUUUGGACAGUGCAGUUCCCUGAAAACAAUUUCUUUUCUACAAUUUCUAAGUAGCAUUCCUCAGUUAGUGAGUGAUUUUGUUUGUUUGUUUGAAGUUUCUGAAUUUACAGAGACCAUGGUUCAACUACCAGCCUUUUUAGUUUUGGUAGAAAGCAUUUCCAUCAGUUACAUAUCCCCCCGUUUAGUGUUUUCUGGUUUUUACAUUAUUUUCAAUCCAUACGCAAAAGGCUUCAAGAAAGCCAGCCCCCUCAACUCUCUGCCCAGUUUUUAGGGAACAAACCUGUAUGAAUCUCUGCUUCACCCCCAGGCCAGCAUGGGAGAAGGAGAAUGGAUUUUUCUUCUUUCUGUGAUAUUUCAAAGAGUAUAUUUCUAAAGAUUGCCGAUGCCCUAGACAAACACUCUUUAUCUUGUUCUGUUUACUGGGGAUUUCACUGUAAGGGCAUGACUUUCUGGGGAGGCAGAGGAAGUGUUCAUAUGUGAUCUCUGUCUAUAGUUUAAGGGUGCAUAUGCCAGCCUGGGAAACGAUCAACUCAGAGUGUCUGUGCCUAUGAAAGGAAUCAUGUUCUACUAGAAUGUUUAUAUUAGUUUGAAACGUGCUACAUCAAACAUUUCAUUCUUUCAUCACUAGUUCAGCAUGCAAAGUUGAGAUUGGCAAUUUUAAACUGUGUUACCCUAGACAGAAAUGGGUUAUAUUAGUGUUUUGCCAGAUGGACAUUUCCAGGAAGUGAAAAAGAUCAAAAGACAUAACUACUGACUUUUGUUCUUUCAAAUAUCUUUAUGUCCAUUACGGCAGUGUUUGACUUGUAAGCUCUUUAUCAGGUAAGAGCCCUUCCGUUUUCUCCGUUAAAAAACAAACUCAAAUCAUUGCUAUUUUUUAGAAACUCAGGUCUCUUUCUAGAAACCUAUGUGUUUGAUUUUAUCACCACUUUCUGUGACUGUAAUCUGUAAUCAACCAGAGUGUGCUAUGGGAAAAUGAACGUGUUAGAGUUCUGCUAUGUUAGUGGGGGGAAAAAGAGGCCUUCGACAACCCCCUUCAUCAAAACAUUUGCAUAAUGGCUGUAUUUACAAGGCAAAUCACCUUCAGCUACAUUUCCUCUUAAGGAAUUUUGCAUAUGAUUCCGCCUUACAAAAUAUAAUUUGAGAAACGUUUGGCAUGUUUUCAUUUUUUUAAAUGCUUCCUUUAAUUGUGUUGCUUACAGACAUAAGCAUAAUUGUCUUUCUUUGGUGAACAGGGGGACUUACCCAACCUGGGACCUUAUUAUUUUACUUGUUGAUAGUAAACCAAGAAUUUGUCUGAAUUUCCCAGGAUGCAGCUGGGAAACUGAACACUCCUCAGAAGUAUUCUCGAAACAUUUGAUUCAGAAAGGAAUGUUUUGCAUAUUGUUUGCCAUUUAUGUGGAUAGUCUUUAUUAUUGUACAUGUUUGGGAAAAUAUAAUAUCAUGCAAAUUAGUAACUUUUUUAAAGAUGUAUGUAUCUGACCUUUUUCCUUUGGAAAAUACUAUAUAUUUUUAUUUGUAUUUUUUACUUUUUUAAGUCCAUCUAUAUGUGCAGUUAUUUUUGUAUUGCCUUAUAUUGGAGACCAUUGGUUUAUUUCAAGAGAAAACUGCAAAUAGGAUUCUAGCAAGAAUUUCACUGCUUUUGGUACAACAAUUAUGUGGGCCAGGCUCAUAUAAUCAGUUAUACUAACCAAGAAUAUAUUGUGUCUUAUCACUGUAAAUAUGACACAAACCUGUUUGGCCGAGGAGUGUAAAUAAUUUCAGGAAGGAAUUCAUCCCGUUUGGUUACUUAUUUCAACUAUGGAGGGCUCUUACCCUCAUUUUCAAUUGUUCUGAAUCUGACAUAGUUGAAUCAGACAAACAGCAUGGGUUUGAUUUCUUGUUUGGUAAUAUCACCUUGUUUUUUUCUGGUUUUAAUAUUGUUUUGGUUUUGAGUUUAACUUGUUUUUCGGUUCCUAGUUUGUGAGAAGUUGAUCUUCAGAAUUAUUUUUUACACUAUUUAUGAAUUAUUUUCAUAAUGUAAAAAGCGUGUAAUUAUUAAAAUAUUAAU